AUGAAGGGCUUCCCGAGGGGAGUCGUUACAUCCCUGCCUGACACCCCCGAUCAGCUGCCCAAGCAUCUCAAUGGCUUGGACAUCCAUAUCCUUGACAUCGCUGCCAUGAGCAUCUGCGAUGGCACCUGCGACCUGGCCCUCGGCGUCGAGUGUGUCCCCAAGGGGGAGGACAACUGCGGCUUUGACGGCAAGCUCAACAUUGGCAACAACAACACGGGAAUGAGCAAUGAGGGCAACAACAAUGUCGGACAACACAAUCUUGGCUCCAACAAUGUCGGAGACAAGAAUGUUGGCAACAACAAUGUUGGCACCAAGAGGUUCUGCCACAACCUGCGCCGGGAUGGAGACAGGUGCACUCUGGACAUGCUGAGGACUGCAGACACUCUGGAGCUGAAGACCGACCCCACCCCACCUGCCCCCGAGAGCUCACCAUCUCCACCAACUCCAAAGCUCUCCCCAGGCCAGACAGCACCCCCCCCACCCUCGCACGCGCUGGUCAUCACCAGCGCCUCGUGCUUCAAGGCCAACGACAGGCAGUCCAGGUGCCAGGUGCUCCUCACGACGGCACAGGCACUGAAGGACCUCGAGCUGACCUUCCAGGACGAUAUCAGGCCGGACGCGUAUGCUGCGUGCCUCCCUGUGGGUCUGAACAUCAAGUGCGAGGCCAUGACCUGGGGUGACUACAGCAGCGGGAAGGUCAACGCCAUGGGGCACACGCUGUCCAAUCAAGUCCUUCAGGCCGACAACGCCAUCCGCAUCACCAGUGUCCCUGCGCCCCCUCCUCCUGCCUAG